GGGUCCGGCCGCGGCAGCUCCGCGUCUCUGGGCCGGCUGAAACGCGCCCCGACGGCGCCCGCGGGCGCACGCCGACGCCGGCUCUCCGCAGCCUUCCGCCGCGCGCCCGCCCUCGCCCGGAGCCCCGCGUCUGGGCCAGCCCCGGGGAGUGGGUGGGCCCGGCCCGGGGCAGCCCCGCCGAGGCAGGAUGUUCACGUCCAAGUCCAACUCGGUGUCGCCCUCGCCGUCCCUGGAGCAGGCUGACUCGGACGCGCUGGACAUCAGCACCAAAGUGCAGCUCUACGGAGUGCUGUGGAAGCGGCCCUUCGGGAGGCCGUCGGCCAAGUGGUCCCGGCGGUUUUUCAUCAUCAAAGAGAGCUUUCUUCUUUACUACUCUGAGAGCGAAAAAAAGAACUUUGAAACCAAUAAAUACUUCAAUAUACAUCCCAAGGGCGUCAUCCCCCUGGGAGGCUGCCUGGUGGAGGCCAAGGAAGAACCCAGCAUGCCCUAUGCCAUGAAAAUCUCCCACCAGGACUUCCAUGGCACCAUCUUGCUGGCCGCUGAGUCCGAGUUCGAGCAGACCCAGUGGCUGCAGAUGCUGCAGGAGUCCGGGAAGGUGACUUGGAAGAAUGCCCAGCUGGGAGAAGCCAUGAUCAAAAGCCUGGAGGCCCAGGGGCUGCAGCUGGCCAAGGAGAAGCAGGAGUAUUUAGACAAACUGAUGGAGGAGACGGAAGAACUCUGCCUUCAGAGGGAACAGAGAGAGGAGCUUGAGCGCCUUAACCAGGUGCUGGAGGCCGAGAAGCAGCAGUUUGAAGAGGUGGUGCAGGAGCUGAAAAUGGAGCAGGAACAGAUCAAAAGGGAGCUAGAACUGACUGCAAGGUGCCUCAAGGGUGUGGAGCAAGAGAAGAAGGAGCUAAGGCACCUUACAGAAUCCUUGCAGCAGACACUGGAGGAACUCUCCAUAGAGAAGAAGAAAACCCUGGCAAUGUUGGAGGAGAAUGAGAACCAGCUGCAGACACUGGCCAAUCAGAGCGAGCAGCCCCCUCCCAGUGGGGGUCUCCAUAGCAACCUGAGGCAGAUAGAGGAGAAGAUGCAGCAGCUCUUGGAGGAGAAGCUCCUGGCUGAGAAGCGGAUGAAGGAGAACGAGGAGCGCUCUCGGGCCCUGGAGGAGGAACGGGAGUUCUACUCGAGUCAGUCCCAGGCGCUGCAGAACUCGCUGCAGGAGCUGACGGCGGAGAAGCAGCAGGCUGAGCGGGAGCUCAAGGCCGAGGUAAAGGUCCGCAUGGAUCUGGAGAGGCGUCUGCGGGAGGCAGAGGGGGCCUUGCGGAGCUUGGAACAAGGGCUCAACUCCAAGGUGCGGAACAAGGAGAAAGAGGAGAGGAUGCGGGCUGACGUGAGCCAUCUGAAAAGUAAGCCCCGGCCCCCGGCGCCAGCCCCCAGCCCUCGCGCUCGGCCCCCGCGGGAGGCCCGACCCUGCGGAGCCGGGACCCUGGCCGGGAGCGCGGCGCGGGUUCGGGUGUGCAUUAGGUGGUCCCGAGCUACGGAGGGAGUGUCUUCGGCAGACCCCUGUAGCAGGCGCGUCCCGGCUCGGCACCUGGGAUUCCGGGAGCUGGUGGGCGCGGAGCGGCUGCGAGGAGCUCAGCAGCCUCUGGAUGCCAACAACAUGGAGGAGCUAAAGGAAGUGGCCAAGAGGCUCAGCCGGGACCAGCGCUUCCGAGAGUCCAUCUACCACAUCAUGGCAAACCAGCCAGGAGCCCCCUCGAUGGUUCCCCGGGGUGGAAAGUGA